CUCUCACACACUGAAUCACACACUCACGCACCUCACCAGAACCUUAUAGUUGAGUUAUCACCAUCACAAACACACAUAUACAUACACCCACACACCCACCCCAUUUUCAAACACACAAUAAUAAUAACAAUAACAUUCACCUCCUCCCCCCUACACAAUAUUAUGGGAAUCCUUCACGAAGAUGUCGUGAUUAUCACGCCAAAUCAGAAACAAGAUGAAGCUACUGUCAUUACAAUCAACUGUCCUGACAAAACCGGCCUCGGUUGCGAUCUCUGCCGGAUUAUUCUCUUCUUCGGCUUAAGCAUCGUUCGCGGCGAUGUAUCGACGGACGGAAAAUGGUGUUUUAUCGUGUUUUGGGUGGUUGGAAAACCGAGCAUGCAAUGGAGUUUAUUGGAGAAGAGACUAAUAGAGGCGUGUCCUUCUUGUUCUUCUGCGAAUACGCUUAUAUAUUAUACGGCUGAAUUGCAGCCACCUAAGCCUCCGGAUGUGUUUCUUCUUAAGUUUUGUGGACAUGAUCGCCAAGGGCUGUUACAUGAUGUGACACAUGUUCUUUGUGAGCUCGAAUUGAUUAUUCAACGAGUGAAAGUAUCGACCACUCCGGAUGGGAUGGUGAUGGACCUGUUUUUCAUCACUGAUGCCAGGGAACUUCUACAUACGGAAGCGAGGAAAACCGAUACAUACCAUCAUCUAAAAGCUGUUGUUGGGGACUCUAUGGUUAGUUGCGAUAUAGAAAAAGUGUGCCCUGAUAUCACCGCGUGUUCUCAGGGCCCACCGUUUCUUAUUCCUCCCGCAAUCACAGAAGAUACAUUCAACUUGGAGAUGCUCGAUCAGGGUCAAAAUGGGUCGGGUCAAUCCAACCGUGUUUCUGUAAUGAUUGAUAACUCACUCAGUCCUGUUCAUACACUUGUCCAAAUCGUUUGUCGUGAUCACAAAGGUCUAUUGUAUGAUAUAAUGAGAACUUUGAAGGAUUACAACAUCCAGAUUUCAUACGGGCGAUUUACCACAAAAGGAAAUACGGAUUGUGAAAUCGACUUAUUUAUAGUGCAAGCAGACGGGAAGAAGAUAGUUGACCCAAGCAAACAAAAUGCGUUAUGUUCUCGAAUUCGCAUGGAAUUAUUUCGGCCUCUAAGAGUAGCUUUGGUGAACCGUGGUCCAGACACCGAGCUCCUUGUGGCAAACCCCGUGGAGCUAUGUGGAAAGGGCCGCCCCCUUGUGUUUUACGAUAUUACCCUUGCUCUUAAGAUGCUCAAUACUGACAUCUUCUCGGCGGAAAUUAGUAGGCAUAUGAUCGGGGGCAGGGAAUGGGAAGUUUACCGCGUUUUGCUUGAUGAAGGGGACGGAUCCUCUGUGCCAAGGAGCAAGAUUGAGGAAGCGGUUUGGAGAAAUUUGAUGGGUUGGGAAUGAUGACACCAUGAUGAUGAUGAUGAUGCGCAUUUUAGGCAUGUAUGCAUUGUGAAAAGCUCGGGUUUUAAACAAGAUUCUAGGUUUAUUUUUUCAGGACCUUUUGGUUAAGUUGAUGAAAAGUCGACAGCGAACGAAUAGGAGGGCGAAAAGAUGUUUUACCGGUCAAGUGGUACAGUGUAGGAUGUGGUCACCGAGGAGAGGGGAGACGGUAUAAUAGAUCGUGUAUAUAUGUGUAGGAAAUAUCACGUUACAAAGCGAGAACGAAACAGGAAGCCGUUGUUCAAGAUUCUGAUGAUGGUUCAGUUGAUGUUGCAUAUGGUAGGACACGAUAAAGAAAGGAGUUUUUAGUUCAUAAUCUAGGGUCUAUGGAUGUUUAUAUUUGGUAAAAGGAUGCUUUUAUCUACUUUGUAUAUAUAUACAUAUAUACUCAUAUAUGUAUGUAUAUAGCUGUGUUUGUAUAUAAAUGUGUGUUUUUGUAUAUAUGUAUGGAACUAAUGUAUCUAUAGUUGAUCAUGAUAAGAAUAUUUGUUUCUUGAUUGUA